CAACAGCCAACUAGUACGCGGAAUUCAAAAUUGCGACUUGGUAAGUUGCAACUUUCAAGAUAGAGUGGACCGAACGAGUGAAAGAGAGGCCAUGUUCUUGUUGCAUUCCACCGUCUCUGCUCUUCCGUCUCUGAUCUCUUUCGUCUCAUCAGGCGGUCAUCGAAAUCCUAUUCUUCACCAUCAACUUCCGCAACAUCGUCUCAGAAACGCCAACGCUUCUACCUUCAAGAUCACCUGUCUUGCAGCUCUAUCAUUCGAUGACAUCUCUCAAUUGGCCCAUAACAAGGUUCUGAUUGCAGCUGGUGCUUCUGCGGCGAUUGGGCAGAUUUCGAAGCCCUUUACUUCUGUGCUUCUAUAUGGGAAAGAGUUUGAUAUCAAGGCGGUCAUUCAGGCCGGAGGAUUUCCAUCAACCCAUUCGUCUGCAACAGUGGCUUCUGCAACAUUCCUUGGUCUUGAGAGAGGCUUCUCCGAUCCCAUUUUUGGUUUAUCAGUUGUGUAUGCUGGCCUCAUUAUGUAUGAUGCUCAGGGUGUAAGAAGAGAAGUGGGGAAUCAUGCCAAAGUAUUGAACAAACUACUCCAGAUGCUAGAAAAUUCUGUAGAUUCCAAAGAUAGAGAUGAUAGGUUGAUCAAUUCCCAGCUAGGAACAUCAACUUCUUUGAAUGUAAAAAGCUUAGAGAAGUCCCUUCUUUCCCCAGAAGCCAAUUCCUCAGAAACACAACUGAGAAAUGCAUCAGUGUUGGUCAAAUCUGACAGUAAAAGAGAGAAAACCAGUGAGGAGCUAUCAUCAUCAGGCUUUUCAACAGAUGCAGAAGAACUCUCAAAGUUGGCAGCAAAUGGUCUAUUCCCAUUAAAAGUAUCGAUAGGCCACACUGAGGUUGAAGUUAUUGCUGGUGCACUAUUGGGUUUCUUGGUUGGCCUUGCCGUGUAUAAUUUCUUGUGAUGUCCAUUUUCUUCUUCGCUUACUGUAGAUUUGAAACAUCACAUUUCAUGCUACAGAACUCAUGUACAGAGUUGACAUAUAUCAGCAAGAACGCAAAAAAAAAAAAAAAAAAAAUUUAGGUCCCCAGAAGCCUCUCUAUCUCACA